AUGUCAGACAGCAACGGCAGCAGCAGCGGCAGCUUCACGCCGCGCAUGGCGCUCACCGUGCGCGACGAGCGCACGGGCAAGACGUACGACGUGCCCAUCACCCACAACAGCAUCCCCGCCACGGCCUUCUCGCGCAUGGUCGCACCGCGCGCCGCCAUCUUUGGCCAGGAGGACCGCGAGGAGGACGAGACGGCGGGUGGUCUGCGCGUGAGCGACCCGGCCUUCGGCAACACGGCCGCCGUCACUUCGCGCAUCACCUUCAUCGACGGCGGCAAGGGCAUCCUGCGCUACCGCGGCUACCCGAUCGAGGUGCUUGCGGAGAAGUCGAGCUUCCUGGAGAGCGCCUAUCUGCUCGUGUACGGCGAGCUGCCCACGGCGCCCAAGCUGGCGGCGUGGGAGGCCGAGGUGAUGCACCACACCUUCCUGCACUCCGACAUUGAGCGGCUGCUCAGCUCCUUCAACGACAAUGCGCACCCCAUGUCCGUGCUCGCCUCGUCGUUCGCCGCGCUGGGCGCUCUGGCGCCCGAGGCCAACCCCUCGCUGCAGGGCCAGAACAUCUACGCCAACGCCGCCAAGGGCGACAAGGCGGCGCUGCGCCUCAUGGACAAGCAGAUCUACCGCUGCAUCGGCAAGGCGCCGAUCCUUGCUGCGGCCGCCUACCGCGUCCGCCAGGGCCGUCCCUUCAACCGCCCGCCGUCCGGCCUCAGCUACGCGGGGACGUUCCUCUACUGCCUCGACCAGCUCAACGAGCGCGAGUACAAGCCCAAUCCGAUCAUCGAGAGGGCCAUCGACCGCCUGUGGCUGGUGCACGCUGACCAUGUGAACGCCUCGACUGCGUCCGUGCUGCAAGUCUCCAGCUCGCUCGUCGACCCCUACAGCGCCGUGGCAGCCGGCGUCGCCUCGCUGUACGGCCCGCUCCACGGCGGAGCCGCCGAGGCAGUGGUGCGUCAGCUGCUGCUGAUCGGCAGUCCCGAGAAUGUGCCCGAGUACCUCGAGAAGGUGAAGCGCAAGGAGCGCACGCUCUCCGGCUUCGGUCACCGCGUCUACCGCACGACGGACCCGCGUGCUCACAUCGUGCGCAAGUGUGCCGAUGAGGUGUUCAGCGUCGUGGGCCGCAGCCCUCUGCUCGACACGGCCCUCACGCUGCGCGAUGCGGCACUGAAGGACCCCUACUUCAUCGAGCGCAAGCUGGCGCCCAACGUCGACUUCUUCUCGGGCGUCAUCUACUACGCCAUUGGCCUGCCCCUCGACCUCUUCUGUGUCAUGUUCGCCGUGCCGCGCGUCUCCGGGUGGCUCGCGACGUGGAGACAGUCGAUGCUGGACCCCAAGAAGCGCAUCUGGCGGCCGAAGCAGCUGUACGUCGGCGAAGGCGAGCGCGAGUACGUGCCCAUCGGCGAGCGCACCGAGGCGCGCGACGCGCCCGACAGUGCGUCGCCGUCGGUGGUAGAGCACGGCGGCAUCACGCUGCGCUCCAAGCUCGCCAGCUGGGUCGACCACAACGGCCGUCGCCAUGGCCCGCGUCUCUGA